UUGAGAAGAGGAGGCAUGGACGGAAGGAGGAGAAAAUACACGGCUCCUGGUUCAGAAUUCAAUAUUCCAUCAAGAACAAGGAGAUACUGGAAAAGGAGGAAACUGACUGAGGCCAUCAACAUGCAUCAGUCAAACCAGGAAACGCAGAACCUGGAUCAGGAUUCUGACCCUGACAGUGGCUCAGAAGACGCACAUGAUGGGGCUGAGAUUCAUCAGAACCAGAAUCAAAAUUCCUCUGACAACGACUCUGACAGUGGCUCAGAAGACGCAAAUGAUAAUGAGAUUACUCUAAACCUAGAUCAGGAUUCCUCUGAGUACAACUCUGACAGUGGCUCAGAAAACACACAUGAUGGUGGGGAGAUUCAUCAGAAUGAGGAUUCCUCUGACAACAGAUCUGAAGAUGCACAUGAAGGUGAUGACAUUACAAGCCUGCACACCAACCCUGAAUCUGAUGAACUGCCACCAAAUUUGAGCCAAACAACAGAGUCAUCAGUCUUCAGUUAUGAGGACAGUGUCGAUUUUGGUGUGUUUGAACCACUGUGGCUGUCUUUUACUGACUCUGAAUCCAUUGCCAGUGGAGAAGAAGACAGCACUGACAAGUCAGUAACUGAAGAAUCACAUUUAGGAGCACCCAUUAAUGAAAGGUUUCCUCCAGUAAACGAUGAGCCACUUUACACAGGCUCACAACUAUCCAAAGCUCAGAGUUUUUUACUUAUACUUUCAUAUGCUUUGAGACACUCACUUACUGGUGUGGCCCUGUCUGAUCUUUUAGAUUUGAUUAAUAUCCAUUGUCCAGAAAAUGUUCUAACUUCAAAGUAUCUGUUCUUAAAAGAGCUUAACCCAAUACAAGGUCACCUAGAAUGUCACAUAUACUGUCCCAAUUGUGAGUAUUACAUUGGUGACCAAGUCACUGAAGGGAGCUGUUCUGUAUGUAACUCUGCAUGGGAUAGAAACAGCUCACUGAAGAAUGGAAAUUUCUUCCUGUACUUACCCAUCCAUACACAACUGGAACAUCUUCUUCAAAGAGAAGAUAUAGCAUGUUGUCUUAAGUCAGGAAAUGGUACAUGUAAUCCAGAAACUUAUGAUGACAUAUGUUGUGGUAAAAUGUAUCAUAGUCUGAACAAAGCUGGUGGCCCACUAGAUAGUCCUCAUGCAUUCUCCUUAACAUUAAAUUGUGAUGGAGUUCCAGUAUUCAAAUCAUCCCAGUAUGGAAUCUGGCCAUUACAAGGGAUGGUAAAUGAACUUCCUUAUCUUGUCCGCAAAGAGAAUGUUUUACUAUUUGGCCUAUGGUUUGGUACUAAAAAGCCGAAUGUUAACACAUUUUUAAAACCAUUCACUCAAGAGUGUCAGUCACUGUCAACUGUUGGCUUCAAGUUACACAGAAACAACUCUGUGAAUCAUUGUAGAGUGAUAGCAGCUGUUAUAAUGUGUGAUUCAGUUGCCAGGCCCAUUCUGCAAAACAUGACCCAAUUUAAUGGUCAUUACGGGUGCAGCCUUUGCUUACAUCCUGGUGAACAAGUUCCAAAGGGAAAUGGAACUGUUAGGGUUUAUCCAUACAAACAUGUUCCAAAAAGGGAUCAUGCUUCAACCCUAACUGAUGCAAGAGAAGCUGUGCGUACCGGACAAUCCGUGAAAGGCAUUAAAGGGCCUACAUGUCUUGUCAACAUCCCACACUUUGACAUUAUAUCUGGAAUGCCUCCUGACCAUAUGCAUAAUGUACAUCUUGGAGUUGUUAGGCAAAUGGCAAGCAUGUGGCUGGAUAGUGAACACCAUGAGGAGCCAUAUUAUAUUGGUAAUCGUAUUCCUGAGCUCGACCACCAACUCUUGAGAAUUAAACCACCUUGCAAUAUCACCCGAGUGCCCCGCUCUUUUCAGCAAAGGAAGUUCUGGAAAGCUAGUGAAUGGCAGAACUGGUUACUUUUUUAUAGCAUCUUUGUGCUAAAGGGAAUACUACCACAUGCAUUUUACCAGCACUGGUUAAUCCUUGUCACCUUCAUGUUCUUGCUUUGUAAAGACACUGUCACAUCAGAGGGGUUAAAAAGAUGUGAAAAACUAGUUGUUGAGUUUGUCAAACAGUUUGAAACACUGUAUGGAAAGGAAAAUGUGUCAUUUAACGUACAUUUAUGUCUUCAUUUGCCAGACUCUGUGAGAAAUUGGGGACCUUUGUGGGCACAUUCAGGAUAUAUUUUUGAGUCUUUUAAUGGGGAAAUACUGAAGAUGUUUCAUGGCACCCAAUGUGUUCCAUUACAAAUAAUGAAACAAUUCACAUACAGACAAGUGUUGCCUCUUCUGAAAAAAAAUGCACUGACAAAUGCUGUGCCUAGAUGUAUACAGCUGUACAACAACUUGACUGGUGAAAAAAAGCUGAAGCUUUUUGAAAGAGUAGCAGAUCAAGUUGUUACACUUGGUUUACACUAUGUACGAAAACUUACUAAAGAAGAAGUACUGGCUAUGAGAGAGAAACUUUCAGUCACCACGGAUACAGUAGUGAAAAUAUUCAGUAGAACUUUAGUCAAAGGAGAACUGUAUUACUCGGAGCAGUUCACUAGAGUAAUGAAAAGGAAUAGCUUCACUGUUUUGUUGGAUAAUGGACACAUAAUCACUGUGUAUUAUUACAUUGUGGUAGAAAGACUGGAUAACAGAAAAUGUUUUGCUGUUGGAAAACAGUAUGACAAAUCACACAGUUUUGUGUUUUUAGACAAUGUAGUUAGCUUGAAAAGAGUGUUACAGGGCAGGAAACAGGUUUUUGAUGUGAUGAAAUUCAAUAGGAAAUGUAUGUUAGUUGAUCUGCCACAGUAUGCCAACCUUUAUGCAUGUGUACCUCCACGUUUCAGUGUGGAGGACUGAAAUGUUACGAAUAAAAAGUGGACUCAAGAAAACAUUUUGUAUUUUUUGCUGCUGUUAGUGAUUUGAUUUAUAAUAGUCAUCUACAUUUUACAAUAUAUCAAUACAUAGCCGUAGGUGGUCCAUCCAGAUGGCUAAAUGUGUAAUGUAAAAAAUAAUGGAUAUCAUGCAAAAUGUGAUUUGGAGUUUGGAGUUCCAAAACUCUAAAAAAUAAUCCAAACUGUUAUUAAAAUGUUUCAAUA